AGACACUCCGAAAAUUGUAUAAAUUAAGUUUUACCAGAGGACUGAGUGUCAACAAAAAAAUCAGAAGGGAAUAUCCGGUUUGAUUAAGUCAAACCGAGAGAUAAGGCGAACGAUAAGGGGUUAACCAUAACGUCAAAUGUCCAGUGAUGACCAGUCUUCAGGUCUUUUAUCCGUGACUCCGAACCCAAAGUGUAAACCCAGUGAUUGUGACUCGAAAAAAGUGAUCAGUUGGUUCACUCCUUAUUACAAUACCAAAUGUUGUGGCACUCCCAUUGAUCCUGAGUUAUUCAAUAUUUUCGAGGAUUUUAUUCAAAACAAUGGAUGCAAAUAUUGCAACUGUAGUGAUGCUCGACGAGGGGACUAGCGACGAGGGCGAAACGGGGAUUGGGCUCAAAAGGGUCAGGCGGGUUAGUGACGUCAUUGACAGUAUUGGGGAGCCAGGCGAAGAGGUGCCCUCGGGGUACUGCACCCCAAGGACUACGGAGACUGAUAAUGAAGUGUUUUUGGAAUCACCGGAGCAGGAUACACCAGAGUCGGUUGCUGUUUUUAAACCGGACUGGUUGACCCAGAAGAAGACUUCGGAUCUUCUGGAUGCUGGACUGUCAUCGUUACACUCGUGCUCACAGGAGGCCGCAGAUUUGUCACAGCUCAGUUCACUCUGUGUGGAAAAUAAUGGUCUAUUAAUUAUGGCCAGUGGCGCAAGUGGCGUCUCCGCAACGAUGACAGUCCACAAAGACGCGAAUGAAUACAAUAUGAGCCACAAGUAUCGAGGGAAAUGCAUCGUCUUCAAUCACGACGUCUUCGACACUGGAUUUCCCUUCAGGGAGGGUUCUGUACUCGACGCGAAGAGGAUUGACAAAACGUUCAGUAAUCUGGGGUUCGAGGUGGAAAUCUUGGAGAAUUUAGAACACUCCAAAGUUAUUGAGAAAAUUAACGAAUUGAGUGCCGAAGAUCAUUCUGACAACGAUUGCAUUUGUAUAUUCAUGCUGACCCAUGGACUAGAGCCAGACCUGAUUUUCGCUAAGGAUGUGGCGUAUAACGCGGAGAAAUUGUGGAAGCCCUUCACUGCUGACAAAUGUCCAACUCUGGCAGGAAAACCAAAGCUCUUCUUCUUUCAGGCAUGCAGGGGAAAAUUAUUGGACGCAGGCGUUGAAUUGAAGCAUUCCCGAUUAGCUCCAUGCAGGACUGAAGUAGAUUCCGCUACCACUUCUUAUACAUUGCCUACCCAUGCUGAUUUUCUUAUUGCUCACAGCACAGUUCAAGGCCACUACUCUUGGAGAAAUCCCGAUUGUGGCACCUGGUUCAUCCAGUGUCUCUGUGAUGCAAUAGACGAGCAUCACCAAACGACUCAUUUACAAAAAAUCCUCACGAUUUGCUCAAGACGAAUUGCCACCGAUUUCGCGUCCUACAAUGAUCUCUACCCCACGGCUAACGAUCAAAAGCAAGUGCCUUCAAUCACCUCGAUGCUCAUAAGAGACAUCUACUUCACUCCGAAGUAAACCACCCACGAGAAUAAUUCAUUAUCAUUUUUUCGUUUUCAUUUCCUACUUUACUUAUGAAUCAAUUAAUCAUUUUUUAUUUGUACAAAUAAUUUGUUCGAUAGUAAAUGAAAUUUAUUACUAUUGGAUUUUUUGGUAGAAAAAUACUGAAUUCACAUCGUUGUUCGUUUUAUGCGUUGAAUUUAUGAGAAAAGAGUUUCGUUCUGAUUUAAUUACUUGGAGAUUUAAUAAAGUUUACGACUGGCAUUUAUCGUUAUUAAAUCAAUUACAU